CAUAAUAAGUACAUAACCAUUGUAUACUUUUUCAUAGCGGAACAGAAAGUGGUUAGUCUCGUUUUCUCUCAAGGAGGAGUUGUGUUGGUGAACACCUCUCGUGUCAUGCGUUAGAGGGGAAUGACAGCAAAUUGGUCGAGGUGAUAUUGGCUGUCAGAUUGGUAAUAAUGGACAGCAAAAAGGUUGUUAAUCAAGGCCAAAUGUGAUGAUCUAAGCAAAACACUUCAACAUCAUGGCCCGAGUUGUGAAGGUGUUUCGGACGCUGCGAAACCACUGGAAGAAGUCCACCUUUGCCGUGUGCGUCCUGUCGUACGGAGGCCACUGGUUGUAUGGAAUACACUGUGAUAGUUUGUUACGAAGAGAGGCAUGUCUACAAGCUAGGGAAUAUGGUCGACAACUCAUUGGACCCCAGGAUACCUUGAGGAAAGCAACUGUCAUCUUGAACCCAGCUGCAUCCAGAGGGAAAGCCAACAAUCUAUUUGAAAAGAAUGCGGCACCGAUAUUACAUCUGGCUGGCAUGGAGGUGAAGAUAGUGAAGACUGACUAUGAGGGUCAGGCCAAGAAGCUGAUGGAGCUGAUGGAUAACACGGACAUGCUCAUAGUCGCCGGAGGAGAUGGGACAUUACAAGAGGUAAUUACUGGACUGUUGAGGAGACCCGAUGAGGGAACUUUUAGCCGGACACCCAUUGGAUUCAUACCACUCGGCUCCCAGAAUUCCCUGAGCUACAGUCUUUAUCCUGAGUCUGACAACCAAGUCAAGAGCAUCACCUCCGCAGCACUAUCAAUUCUAAAAGGCGAGACGGUUCCAUUGGAUGUCAUGAAGAUUCAGGGAGAAACAGAACAGCCUGUCUUUGCUCUGAUCAGUCUACGAUGGGGCGCUUUCAGAGAUGUAGCCGCCAAAAUCAAAAAGUACUGGUACCUUGGUCCAUUGAAAGCCAAAGCUGCACAUUGGUUCAGCACGCUAGGGGAGUGGCCUCAGGUGCGAGAGGCGUCCAUAUCCCUCCUCCCCGCUGUCCCGCGGCCUCCAGACGAGCCCCCCCAUAAGCCCCCGCGCCCCAACCUCCUCUACCGCAUCUUCCGCAGGCUCAAAAACUACUGGUACCCUCCGAUCGAAGAGCCUCCUAAAGAGCCGGAGCCAGAGCGAUGGGAGGAGAAGGAGAUCUCCACAACAGAGCUGCUCAUCACUACCCAGAAUAAAAACCCUGUGCAGCGGCGGGACGAUGAUGCCCUGCUUGUCUGUGUGGAGCCAAAUUCCCUCACUGUUCCGGAGUUCAUCAGCACUGGGUCUUUGAAGGCGGAGGAUCCAACCGAGUGCAUGCUCAGUGCUAUGAAAGUCGAGGCCAGCGCUUGUAAAUUCAACCCAAAACAGGAGGGCGCUGGCUUUUUCAACAUUGACAAUGAGGAAUACGAGGCCAUGCCAGUGGAGAUCAGGCUGUUGCCACGGAAACUGUAUUUUUUCUGUAGCGGGGAGCGUCGUGAACAGCUACUGGCUGAGUGAGACAGCAUGACCCUCAACAACACUGACUACAUCACCACCAGUUAGUGAGAGAGGAAUAUUUGAGGAAAUUUUGAAGAAAAAAACACAAAUUUGUCCUUUUUUAAAAAAAACUUUUCUACAUCCUGCUUUCCCCUGUUGACAUCUAUGCCAUCUGUGUUCCUUCCUGUUUCGCAUAUUGUUGUCAUGGAGAUAAAGUAACCAGAAGGACCAAUUGGAAAUCUGCUAAAUAUUCACACUCACAUUUUAGGAGACAGAACAGUGUAGGUUUGCCCAUUUGUCUGUUCUUGGACCAAUCACAACAAAUAUCUCCACCUUCGACUUGACUUGCUUUUCCAUGUAUUUGCCUGGCUCUACAGAAUUCUAAACUCAUGCCAAGACAAUGUUACAGUAAAUAAGUAAUAGAAAAAAAAUUAUGGACGAUUAAAUGUUUUGUUUACAUUGCUGUAAUUGUAUGUGUACUAAAAUACUAAUACAAUGAUCUAAAAAUC